AUGCUAUCAGCAGUGUUUGUACCGUCUGAACGUUCCGCCAGUUCGGAACCAACGGCCGCCGAAGGAACUGUCCGCAGCACCAUGUCGGACGACGGCGCCAACAGUACCGGCAGCUCGAGCAACAAGUGCCAGGUGUACGUGUAUCUGCGCGAGUCCUUCGUGGACGUGCCCGUAACGGAGGACGACACCUGCGAGGACAUUUGCUCGGACCUGUGCCAGCAGCUCGGGAUUGGGCCGCUGGUGCAGCUGCUGGUGGGGCUCCGGAUCCAUGAGGAGCGAUGGUUCCUGCCGCCGAGUGCGCGGCCACAGGCCGGCAAAAAGUACGAGUUCCGGGUGCGGUUCAAGAUCCCGAAGCUGUCCCACCUGAAGGCGCUCGAUCGCAAGCUGUUCAACUACUACUACUACCAGCUGCGGCACGACCUGCUGCAGAGCAAGAUCCCCGAGAUCGAGUACGACGAGUACAAGAACAAAAUCCUCGGCUACGUCGUCAACGACAUGUACCGCAAGAUGGUCGAGGACGGGGUGAGCGUGGCCGAUCUGAAGCGCACCUACGAGGACUACAUCCCGCGCAAGAUCAACAAGGAGCACUCGCUGCUGUUCUUCAACUGGGCCCGCACCAAGGUGUUCAACUCGCUCAACAAGAUCAGCAACCGGGAGCACGACGUGGACUACGUCAAGACGGUCUACAUCGACGACAUCGACAACCUGGCGCCCGGCUAUCUGUACGAGGAGUACAACGGCCACAUUCCGUACCCGGAGGAGGAUGGCCACCUGAAGCCGGGCAAGUGCCGGGUUAAGAUCAAGUUCGUACCGUACGCUCAGCCGUUGUCUAAGCCGGCCAAGGGCGGUGGUGGAAACGGCAGCAAGAAGGGAGUGCCCAAGGACGAGUCCGAGGAGCAGCCCGGGCUGAAGGUGUUUUACUCGCGAGAGUGGAGACACGUGGCCAACAUUGACGAGAUCUUUACCAUCCUGGUGGACAACCUGACGGUGAACAUCUCCAUCCAGGAUCAGUCGAAUCUUUACUCGAUAGACUUUGGCAGUCAGACUGAAUUAGACUCUUUCGUAACGUGUUUAGCUGGUUAUUAUAGAUUAAUGUGUAAGUGGACUGUCUAUCUGUGUAAGCCCUACCUGUACUCACCGUCGUUGAAUCGACUCACCGACAUCAAGUGUCACGGCCCGAUUGGAGGAAAGUUCUCCUACCGUAAAAUUCAGGAGAAGAACAGCACGGUCGGUGCCAACAUCGUACGUCAGUGCGAGACCACUUACGACACGUACUACGUCGACAUGCUGGAAUGCGACAACCAGAUGCGAACUUAUAAGCUGAGGUUCGGUCAGAACCGCUGGCAUGUGAUACGCGACGGCAACCGGGAGGACACCUUUGACGAACUGCCGGAAGCGCUGCUCAACCUGAACCCGGCCAUCCAGAAGCUGUACCGACUCUCGCCGACCGAGCACGACAAGUCGCCAAACCUGCAGCUGUGUAUGCCCCAGAACACGAUGGCCUCGAAGCGGAUGUUGCGGGACGCGCAGGAGAUGCGCCAGGUGCGGCCCCAGAUCGUGAACGCAGCGCAGGAGCUGAUCAUCAACCGGAAUGCAUUGAAGAGUGAGGGUGACGGCUUCUUCAAUCGGACCAGGGCGGAUCUGCUGAUGCCAAACAAUACCAAAAUGGAAGUUACGCUGCGAUUGCUCAAGGACGACAAGAAGAAGGACCAUCUGGGUGACUUCCUUCAGCUGACCGACUUUUGGAACAGCGUUGAUUCGCUGGACAUCGUGAAGCUGUACGGAGUAACGCUGUACAAGCCGGUUGCGAUGGUCAUGGAGCUGUCGCGGGAUGAUCCACUGGAUGAGUUCCUGCGGCGACAUCCCAAGGUGACGUUUGGAUCUCUGCUUGCCGUGGCUCAUUCGUUGGCGCGAGCUCUGUACUAUCUGCAGGAGAAGCAGCUCGUCCACGGUCGCAUCCGGUGCUCGUCGAUGCUGGUGACGCACUAUAAUCGCCGCGAAAACCGGCUGAUCGCGAAGCUGGGCGAUCCGGGCCUGUGUCAGCUGCAGCAGUACACGGACCAGGACCUGUUUUGGAUCCCCGUGGAGUACCACGAACUUGGGCCGAGGGAAGUGCAAUUGUUGAGGGGAGACCUGCGGGCGGACGUCUGGGCCUGCUCGACCACGCUGUGGGAGAUCUUUAGCCGGGGCAGGCCGCUGCGGGUGCCGAACGCAAAGCAAUAUCUCGCGUCCGGCCACCGGUUGAAGGCGCCCAAGGAGACGGAGGAGGUGAGCGAGAUCUACUACUGCAUGUACAACGGCUGGAUGGCGGAUCCGGACAAGCGGCUGUCGCCGCAGAUGAUCAUCUCGAAGCUGGUGCAGGCGGGUCAAAAAGGAAACUAUCACCAAAUUGGCGCUACAACGAACGGUACAACGCACUCCGGUAACGGUUCCUUCUCUGCGCAAAGCAUACUGUCGAUUGAAACUGAUUCCACCGUACUCCAGUCCCACACGGACAUUUCCAGCUCGUCGUACACGAGCAACGGGAGCGAUUGCGACGCGCGCAGCAACGGCUCGAGCGAGUGCAGCUCGCAGCCGCUCAUUUCGAACAACGGUUCUAGUCACUACAGCGUCGGUUCGUCGAGCGGGUGGAACCGGCCCGGCCAGGUGGACCACUUUGCGCACGACUGUCUGGAUUACAUCGAGCUGUCGCACGGCCGCACGGUCACGUUCCAGGGCAAGAUUGGCCAGGGUCACUACGGGAACGUAUACCAGGGUGAGAUCAGCAACGCCCUCGGGGAUCCGAUCAAGGUGGCGCUCAAGACCAUCAACAUUGGGAAUGCGGUCGAUUUGAACCGGGCGAUGAAGGACUUUAAGCGGGAGGUCGAAAUCAUGAAGAAGCUCAACCACAGGAACAUUGUGCGGUUGUUGGAGUUUGUUGACGAGCCGGAUCGGAUGGUCGUGGUGAUGGAGUACAUCGAGCACGGAUCGCUGGAGCGGUACCUGCAGUACAAGCGGUACGAUUUGACCAACCUGAACAAGCUGAACUUUGCCAAGGAUAUUGCUAGUGGCAUGCACCACCUGUUCGAGAAGAAGAUCAUCCACCGGGAUCUGGCCGCGCGCAACAUUCUCGUCCAGGACGCAAACUGGGUAAAGAUCUCGGACUUUGGGCUGGCCCAGGUGACCGACGGCAAUCAUUACUACUACGCGCAGAGUCCGCGCUCGCUGCCGGUCAAGUGGUACGCGCCGGAAACGCUUGCGAAGCAAAAGUACUCGACCAAGUCGGACGUGUGGUCGUACGGGGUGACGCUGUACGAGAUGUUUACGUGCAAUACGCCCUACUCGAACGUCGACAUCCAGAACGGCGAGCAGCUGUACGAUAUGAUCACGAAGCAGGGUGUAAAACUCCGCCUGUCCGAGGAGGAUCGCGAAAUCGACGAAAGCCUGAUGCAGCCGUGCUUCGAUCUGGACCCGCAUCUGCGGCCCUCGUUCCAGGAACUGCUCGGUUACAUCGGCAAUCUCAUCGACCAGUACGGCGAGCUGCUCCAGCCGAGGUAAGAACCGCGGAACGGGAAAUGUGAUAGCUUGUUAGAUCUUUGACGACGCACGUAGACGGUUUCGAGCGGAGGAGUUUUAGAGUGUGGUAAUCGUUAUUGCCAGCCCCGAAGAAGAUUGUGAGCAAACUUUAUUGCACCGUUUUUUUUAGGCUAGGAAAGUAUAUUUUGAAUUUUAGGCAAAAUAUAAAAAAAAACACAAAAAGCUUCUAUUUUUUGAAUUCAUACUGCUUUUACACUACGUCGAAUCAAUUGGAAACGAAAAUUUUGAGCUUCAUGUUUACCGCAGUCGCACUUAGCAAAAUAAAACAAAUCUUGAAACACAUCAACACCCUGAUGAUAGUCGUUGUCUAUAUUAGCUCUUUUUUGUAACUGGUGUAAAUAUGAAUGUAGCAAAAAUCUUUGAACAAACGAAAGCAACAUUUGCGAUAAAGGAAACAAAAAAACGUGCCCGUCUCACUGUGGAUUUACGUGUCUUAUGGAUAGUUGUUAUAAAGUUAAAGCAAAGGAAACCAUAUUUUUAACUGAAGCCGCGUGCUUCUACUCCUUACUUUAUUUAGGAGGUAAAAUUUGGAAUUGAAAACCCAGACAAACGAAAACAGAAUCGAUUAGAGUAAAAGAAAAAAAAAACUAAAUCAAGUCUAUUCUCAAAGUGCCACCCUAGAUGAGGUAGUUUCGUAUUUUAUUUACCCCGCAUCUAGAUUUAUCAUUUAAAAUCCUUUAUAAUCUUAAGCCCGGUAGGAUUGCUCAGCAGCGUCGCGCUCAUUUUGCCUAAUUCUCAACUGUCAAUUGUAGCUCCCCAAUCAGUCAAAAACAACACUGAGAAAAAAAAAAGAGUCUUAAAGUCUUAUGCAUGAUCGAGCUAGAAACAAAAAGGGAAGUACUGUUAGACCGGGAUCCUGUUAUUGAUAUUUUUAAAUCGUUAUAUUUUUAUGAAUCUUUAUAUUUUCUAUCUUAGAUAAAAACGUGCGAAUAAUGAGUAACUAAGAUUACAUCUAUAAAAAACAUGACAGAUUAGAAAAAAAACAACAAAAAUCCUAAUUGUACAACGCUAAACUAAAGAAUUCGACCUAAAUCAGUAAAUUUUGCCUGCUAAAUCCUUUCACAACUAAGAAAUGAUGUUUGUUUUAUCCUGGCGAGCCUAACUUACUUAAGAAACACCGUUUUGAAAGCAUUUAUCUCACACUUACGAAGACGAUAGCUGUUCUAUAUUCUUGGACUAUUAGCGGUAAGGAUAAGGUGUAGUUCUUGUUCAACACACACACACAGAGACUCACACAAACAAUUGGAAACGAAUUGCAAAUGUAAAAAGAAAAAAACGAAACGGAUCGUAGCCAGAAGUCGGACGGAAAUGGUUCGACCUUCUGAGGUUGCAAUGCCUGCGGUGAUAUCAAGACUUCUGACGGAAUUUUUUUUUUUUCAAAGAAAAAUGAAAAUUAAUAGGUGUACAUGAAUGUUUCACUCUGGAUUAUAUAUACAAAGCAAGA